GUGUGACAGCCCCACGGGUCUGCUCAGUCCGUGCACCGUACACAUAUGAGGAGUACGGAGCAAGACGGACACCCGUGCAGUCUCUGUCUUCACAUGCAGUUUGGGAGUAGAAGACGCCCCCAGUCUCCCCAACUCUUUGCACCUGUUCUUGCUCGUCUGUUGGAGCUUCUUCUUUCUCCAUGCGAGUGUGUGCGGACGUGCACUUCUCCUCAUUGUUAGAUUAGACGCGGCGUGCUGUGUAUGUGUUUUCUUUUAAAGAAGAGUAUGACUUCGGCGUAUAAUUUGGAUUUCCUGCCCCUGACUGAUAGUCGGUUAAUGGCGUCAGGCGACACAAUCAACGGCAGCAAGAUGAAUGGGUCGUUGGAACACUUGGAUCAGCCAGACCCAGACUCCAUCAAGAUGUUUGUGGGACAGAUCCCUCGCUCCUGGUCAGAGACAGAACUCAAAGAGCUUUUUGAACCUUUUGGAGCUGUGCACCAGAUCAACAUUCUCCGCGAUCGCACCCAGAACCCCCCUCAGAGCAAAGGAUGCUGUUUUGUAACUUUUUAUACAAGAAAGGCUGCACUGGAUGCCCAGAAUGCCCUACACAACAUAAAGACCUUAAGUGGGAUGCAUCAUCCUAUCCAGAUGAAACCCGCUGACAGUGAGAAAACGAGUGCGGUAGAAGACAGAAAACUCUUCAUCGGUAUGGUUUCAAAGAAAUACGGCGAGAACGAGGUCAGGAUGAUGUUCUCGUCUUUCGGGCAAAUCGAAGAGUGCCGAAUCCUGCGGGGACCGGACGGUCAGAGCAGAGGCUGUGCGUUUGUCACAUUUGCUACCAGGUCAAUGGCACAGAAUGCAAUCAAAACCAUGCAUCACUCUCAGACUAUGGAGGGCUGCUCCUCACCUCUGGUGGUGAAGUUUGCCGACACGCAGCGGGAUAAGGAGCAACGGCGCCUGCAGCAGCAACUAGUGCAACAGAUCCAACAGCUCAACAGUGCCUCCACCUGGGGGAACCUGGCCGGCUUGGGCACCCUCACACCUCAGUACCUGGCUCUGCUGCAGCAGGCUGCCUCAACAAGCAACCAGAGCAGUUUCAAUAGUAUGCAGAGGCUAGGAGGGGUGAAUCCACUUCAGCUGCAGAACCUGGCCACAUUGGCCGCUGCAGCUGCCGCAGCACAGAGUUCUGGCAGCCCGACCUCCACCAGCGGUCUGACAGCCAGCAGCAGCGCACUGGGAGCUUUGGCCGGUCCAGCCGGUUCGACAGCAGGGUCCAGUGCUGGUGCCGCCAUGAACACGUUGGCAUCUCUGGGCACCCUGCAGGGUCUCACCGGGGCCUCUGUUGGCCUCAACAACCUUAAUGCGCUCACCAGCAGCGUUGCUGGAAUGGGGGCCAUGAACGGAGGCCUGGGAGCCUCAAUGGCUAACGGCUCAGCAGCCAGUUCCAUGGAUGCUCUGACCCAGGCCUACUCAGGGAUGCAGCAGUACACAGCCUCGGCCCUGCCCUCCCUCUAUGGCCAGUCUCUCCUGCAGCAGAGCAUUGCUGGCAGCCAGAAGGAAGUAGGACCAGAGGGCGCCAACCUCUUCAUCUACCACCUGCCGCAGGAGUUUGGGGACCAGGACCUUCUGCAGAUGUUCAUGCCCUUUGGGAACGUGGUGUCUGCCAAAGUGUUCAUCGACAAACAGACCAAUCUGAGCAAGUGCUUUGGGUUCGUCAGCUACGACAAUCCCGUGUCGGCGCAGGCUGCCAUCCAGGCCAUGAACGGCUUCCAGAUUGGAAUGAAACGGCUGAAGGUUCAGCUGAAGCGUUCCAAGAACGACAGCAAGCCCUACUGAUCCUAGUCCCGAUUUCCUCCCCCUCAACCCCACUUCCUCCCCAGCUCUAAUGCUAGCAAUGCUAGG